UGACGCUCCGGCAGCUCGGCGGUGUGGUGGCAGCAGGCAGCGUCAGCAGAGGACACGCUCAGAUCAACUAGUAAUAAUCACCGACGUCCUCACAGUGCCAUGGUCUCGUCGACCGUACAACCAGCCGCAGAGCGUCCUAUUCCUCCCCCCCCCACGGGAGUGAAACUUUGAAGCACAAAUAAAGAAGCCAUGCUGCUGGACGCCACGACCCCGCGGAUAUAAGAAGCGACACUGCGGAGCAGAAAGUACACACAAAGAAGAAGCAAUCGGUGUAUUUUUUUUUCCACGCUCGGAGGAAAAGACGGCAUCCGGCCUGAGAAGAAGCUCCGAGGUCGGGGACUCCGGUCGGAGCAACGCUACUCGUUUCUGGCCUCCCCUUCCCGAGAGCUCCAUGGAGAAGAUGAAGCGGUUCAAGCGCCGUCUCUCUCAGACGCUGCGAGGCAGCCACACCAUCGACGAGUCGCUGUCCGAGCUGGCAGAACAGAUGACGAUCGAAGAGAACGGACUGAAGGACAGCGAGCCCAUCGUGAGGAACGGCAGGCCUCCAUCAGCCCACAGUGUGCACUCCUUUCUCCACCAGUACACGGGCUCUUUUAAAAAGCCGCCUCUGCGACGGCCUCAGAGCGUCAUCGGAGGAGGCCUGGGCUCUCUCAUGGUCAUGCCUCGCAACGGCAGUCGCCUCGAUAUCGUCCACGAGAAUCUGAAGAUGGGCUCGGACGGAGAGAGCGAUCAGGCGUCGGGGACUUCCUCUGAUGAGGUGCAGUCGCCCACAGGGGUUUGUCUGAGGAACCGAGGGAACAGACGCAUCUCUGCAGAGGACUUGAACAAACGGCUGUCCCUCCCGGCCGACAUCAGGAUACCUGACGGUUACCUGCAGAAGCUGCAGCUGAGCAGCCCGCCCUUCGACCAGCCGCUGAGCCGACGCUCCCGCAGAGCAUCACUGUCAGAAAUUGGCUUUGGGAAGUUGGAGACUUACAUCAAACUGGACAAACUGGGGGAGGGCACGUACGCUACAGUCUUCAAAGGCAGGAGUAAGCUGACGGACAACCUCGUGGCUCUGAAGGAGAUCAGACUGGAGCACGAGGAGGGGGCACCAUGCACAGCCAUCAGAGAAGUGUCUCUACUGAAGGACCUGAAACACGCAAACAUCGUGACGCUGCACGACAUCGUCCACACAGACAAGUCGCUCACACUGGUUUUCGAAUACCUGGACAAAGACCUUAAGCAGUACAUGGAUGACUGUGGGAACAUCCUGAGCAUGCAGAAUGUCAAGAUUUUCCUGUUCCAGAUCCUGCGAGGCUUGGCCUACUGUCACAGACGGAAAGUCCUCCACAGAGACCUGAAGCCCCAAAAUCUGCUCAUCAACGACCGGGGAGAACUCAAACUGGCCGACUUUGGACUAGCCAGGGCCAAGUCUGUGCCCACUAAAACAUACUCCAACGAGGUGGUGACGCUGUGGUAUCGGCCUCCCGACGUGCUGCUGGGCUCCUCGGAGUACUCCACGCAGAUAGACAUGUGGGGUGUGGGCUGUAUAUUCUAUGAGAUGGCUGCCGGCAGGCCCCUGUUCCCAGGCUCCACAGUGGAGGACGAGCUGCACCUCAUCUUCAGGCUGCUGGGCACUCCCACAGAAGACAGCUGGCCUGGAAUCUCCUCCAUCGACGAGUUCAAGUCCUACAAGUUCACCAAGUACAAGGCACAGCCUCUCAUUAAUCAUGCGCCCAGGUUGGACACUGAUGGAAUCGAACUGCUGAUGUCAUUCCUAAAAUAUGAGUCGAAAAAGAGGAUCUCUGCUGAUGAAGCGAUGAGACAGCCGUACUUCAGGAGCCUGGGGCCACGUGUGCACACACUGCCAGAGAACAUAUCCAUAUUCACACUGAAGGAGGUGCAGCUGCAGAGAGAUCCUGGCUACCGGAACUCAUCGUACCCCGAAUCAGGUAAUGGAAAGAGCAGAAGACAAAGCAUGCUGUUUUAAAAACUCUGGACUGGAAUUUAUUUUUUUUUUAUUAUUUGGGACGGAUCUCCCUGCUGUACAGUCUUGACGACGGAUCGGUAACCCGAGACGAAUGUUGGCGCGGACGAUCGCGAUCAUCAUCACUCCCUCCCCCCGACUUACUUGGGGGACUGGUCCACCGUACGACACCCCCUCCCUCCCAGGUUUGGACUGAACCUGGUUCAAAAGAGACAUUUAUAUACUGUACAUCUAUUUAUUGAGAAGAGAAUUUGCUGCUAAAUCCAACUACUGUCUAGAAUUCUAACUGGCUCAGUCACUUUAAUGAAUACAUGCAAUGUGUAUAGAUUUUUAAUUACGAUAUUUUUUUUUUUUUGUUUCUUUUGAAGUGGUGGUUAUUUUCAGUGAUGUUUUUUUUUUUUUUUUUGUCAUUGUUGUCAUUUUCAUACAUAAAACUCCACCUCAGAGCUCGUCGCUGCGUGUGGGUGGGAUGUUUCUGUAGCAGCUCGGAGGGGUUUGAUGUUCCGUCUCUGUUGCCACGGCGCUGCGCUCAGCCGCACGAACCAUACGUGACCAUUUACUGAAGGGUUUUGAGGCCAGCUUUGAUAUAAUAACUGAUCAUUUCAUCCUGACCGGAGGCUAAUGUGAGAGCGCUGCCGCCGAGCUCUGUCCAGAUGCUGGCGUAUCAUUCCAGGACGCUGUGGUCUCCGUCGCGACCAAUGAACAAAUGCAGGGAAGAUUCAUAUUAUCGACACGGGCAUUACAGGAUCGGUCAGGCCUCCUAAAGGUUUAAGUACAGCGAACAGCCUCCUUGUUCUGUUUCCACCGUAAUCUGACACAUUUUUCUCCUUCAGUCUGUUACAAAGAAGACGUGCAAAUAAAUUCCUAGUGCUCCUGCUUUUCAUUCCCAUCUCCAUCAACUGUACAAUUAUGACUUUUUUUCUUUUUCUGGAUUGCCUCCAUCGUCGCGUUGCAUGCCCGCUCUGUUUGUACGAGGACGCGCACAACUCCUGAUACAGGAAGCACCCGCUGCAGUCCUCCCCCAUAGUGAGUCUGAUCUGAGUCGCAGUCUGUUUAACAGUGUUACAAGAGAUGUUUUGUAUCAUAUCCUUUAACUUUAUUUGUGGAUAAUUGUUAUCGGUGUGGGAUUUCGUUGCAGAUGCCCCUCCCAUAUUUGAGCUUUUUUUUUUUUUUUCAGAGUAAAGAAAUAAAUCUAAAGUUUAAGCAGAA